CGGGCUGCAUUCCUGAGUAAGAGUCGAGACAGCGCAACACAUGGAAGUACACAGAGGUAUCGGAGCGCAACAGUCAAACAGCGGCGACAUGUGCGAGACCACGCAGAGGUCCUGCGAGCCGCGUCGCAAGAGGACGGACGAGCGCAGCGCGCCCGCGGAGAUGGCGAGGAUAAUCACCGACCCGGUCACGGGGAAGUGCUACUGCCGCGGAAAAGUUCUGGGGAAGGGAGGCUUCGCCAAGUGCUACGAGAUGACCGACCUGUCCACCGGCAAAGUUUACGCAGCCAAGAUCAUCCCGCACGCGCGCGUCUCCAAACCGCACCAGCGCGAGAAGAUUGACAGAGAGAUCGAGCUGCACAGAGUGUUGCACCACAGACACAUCGUGCACUUCUAUCACCACUUCGAGGACAAGGAGAACAUCUACAUCCUGCUGGAGUACUGCAGCAGAAAGUCUUUAGCUCAUAUUCUGAAGGCGCGUAAGGUGCUCACGGAGCCAGAGGUGCGUUACUAUCUCAGACAGAUUGUGGCUGGACUGAAAUAUCUGCAUGAGCAAGAAAUCCUUCACCGAGACCUCAAGCUCGGCAACUUCUUCGUGAACGAGACGAUGGACCUGAAGGUGGGCGACUUCGGCCUCGCUGCCAAGCUGGAGCCCGCGGGCAACCGGAGGAAGACGAUCUGCGGGACCCCCAACUACCUGUCCCCCGAGGUGCUCAACAAGCAGGGCCACGGCUGCGAGUCGGACGUGUGGGCGCUGGGCUGCGUCAUGUACACCAUGCUGCUGGGCCGACCGCCCUUCGAGACCACCAACCUGAAGGAGACGUACCGCUGCAUCCGAGAGGCGCGCUACUCCCUGCCGUCGUCGCUGUCGCCGCAGGCCAAGCAGCUCAUCGCCAACCUGCUCGCCAAGGUCCCCGAGGACAGACCCGACCUGGACCACAUUCUGAGGCAUGACUUCUUCACGCAGGGCUUCAGUCCGGAGCGCCUGCCGCCGAGCUGCUGUCACUCAGCGCCAGAUUUCCAUGUCUCCAGUCCCGCCAAGAGCUUCUUCAAGAAAGCUGCCGCCGCGCUGUUCGGUGGGAGGAGAGACAAGGUCAAAUACUACGAGACUCUGAAUAAGUUGACCAAAGAGGAGGAGGAGAUCUACAAACUGCAGCACGACCUGGAGAGAACUGUGAUCAGCCAGCAACACAAGCUUACGGAGAAUGGAAGUCCGCUUCCGCCAUCUGCCGAGAGCCCGGUUGCCCCGGCAACAGAGAGCGAGUCCCCGACGAUGCGAGACACCAUCCGUCUGAUCGUCAGGGGGAGCCUGGGGAGCUGCAGCAGCAGCAGCGAAUGUCUGGAGGACAGCACCACGGGGAGCGUGGCCGAGACCGUCGCCACCGUGUUGAGGGGAUGUCUGGAGAACAUGCCUAAAGCCAACGACAUCCCCCAGGACUCCAACAGCUGCAGCCUCCAGUGGGUCACUAAAUGGGUGGACUACUCCAACAAGUACGGCUUCGGCUACCAGCUGUCUGAUCACACCGUGGGAGUUCUCUUCAACAAUGGCACCCACAUGAGCCUGCUGCCCGAUAGAAAGACCAUCCAUUAUUAUGCAGAGUUGGGCCAGCGCUCCGUCUUCCCCACGUGUGAGGUCCCUCAGCACUUUGUGGGCCAAGUGACUGUGCUCAAGUACUUCUCCCACUACAUGGAGGAGAACCUCAUGGAUGGCGGGGACUUGGGGAGUAUGACAGACGCACACAUGCCCAGACUCUACCUGCUGCAGUGGCUCAAGUCGGACCGCGCCCUCAUGAUGCUCUUUAAUGAUGGCACCUUUCAGGUGAACUUUUACCAUGACCACACCAAGAUCAUCCUGUGCUGCCAGAGGGACGAGUACCUGCUGACUUACAUCAACGAGGACCGCGUCUCCAAGACCUUCAAGCUGAGCUCCCUGCUGAAGUCGGGCUGUCCCACCGACCUGCGCGAACGCAUGGUGUACUCGCUCAACAUGCUUCUGCAGCGGUGCAGCUAAACCCGCCGCCGGACGGCGCCGAGCGGACGGACCACCGGACGGAGCUCCCGCGACGCUGCAGCGGAACGGUCGGACGGGAUCCGCGCGGACCAAGGGCGGACGUGUGCGACGGGAAUUAAAAUUCCUGCACGGUUGCACCUUGGAGACUGAGCCGAGGUGCAGAGAGUAGAUACACAGAGGCUGAAACAGAGGGAGAGGAUGAAAUGUAGCACAAUGACUGUAGGCGACGAAAAGGGCUGAUUUUGUAUGUUGACGGCUAAAGGGACCGAGGAUGUUGGUUUGAACGACAAUGACGUGGGGGUGUUUAAGUAAAGGCCGCUGCUGGGCUGGCACCAGCUCAAAUGUGUACAAUAAAGUGGAAACUGUCUUCCGAGGCCGUCGGUGAACUGUGGAAUAUUGUAAAUGAUGUACAGUGUGUGUCAGUGACAUGAUUUGACGUGGAUGCUGCACAGUUACGCUGUUUAUAUGGAUGACUGCGCGUAUGUGUGUGUGUGUGAGAGUGGGAGGGGUGUGAUAUCACACUAACUUCUAAAACUGUGAUUUGUUCUCCUUGGUGACAGAUGGGCUCAGCACAUCACGCUGGGCCCUGGAGGGGCGAGAGUGACAUACAACAACCGUACUAGAGGUCCUGUAGGGAUCCUUUAAGAGCCAUUAUCACCUUGGUGGAAAACAUCCUAGAUAACUUAUUGUGUAUAAAAGUGCAGUAUUUAUUUAUUUAAUAAUAAAGAGCUUUUUUGUAAAAAAAAAAAAGAAAACCUGGUCCUGA